AUGGAGUUUGCCAUGACCCUCGAUGAGCGCCUGUCUCUUCGGCAAGAGCUGCUAGAUGCUGAUGACAAGUUCAUACUGGAUAUUCCUAAAGUAGAACUCCACGUCCACAUCGAAGGCACCUUGACUCCCGAGCUACGAUGGGAACUUGCCAAGAGAAACAACCAGACCCUCAAGCUUGAGCGCACUGGAACUGUGUACCGCAGCCUCGAGCAGCUUAGAGAGUCAUAUACUAUUAUCCAACCACGACCAGGACAUCGCAUCGAUAACACCGAGGAAAGCUUUACUUUCUUUGAGGCUUACUAUGGGGGCUUUGAAGUACUCGUGACAGAGCAAGACUUCUACGAUCUCGCGAUGAAUUACUUCGAGCGCGCUGCUGCGAUGAAUGUUAAGUACUGUGAACCUUUCUUCGAUCCGCAGGGACACACAAGACGCGGUGUUGCGUUUCACACCAUUAUGAAUGGGUUUCGCAGAGCUCAGAAGGAAGCCGAGGCGCGCUUGAAUCUCAAAUCGAAAUGGAUCAUGUGCUUUCUUCGUGACGAAUCAGUCAAAUCAGCCAUGGAGACAUAUGAAUCUGUUCUACCGUAUAAGGACAUGGUUGUCGGUAUUGGCCUUGACUCUGAUGAAAACGACAGACCUCCUCUCAUGUUUGCAGAAGUCUACAACAGGGCUAGAAAAGAUGGCUUCCGCAUCACAGCACACUGCGAUGUGGGACAGAAAGACACCCACCAGAACAUCCGUCAAGUCGCAUCUGACAUUAGUUCCACUGGCGCAGACCGUAUUGACCAUGGUCUCAACGCAGCGCAAGACCCAGAGCUCAUUCGUGUCAUCAAAGAACGAGGUAUCGGUAUGACGAUCACACCUUGGGGAUAUCUUCGUCAUGAGCCUGUCGACGAGAUCUUCCCGAGAAUCCGAACUUUGUUCGAUGCUGGAAUUCCGCUCUCCAUUGGGAGCGAUGACCCGGCGUAUAUGGAGGAUUGCUGGAUCUUGCACGAUCUGCUUCUGGUCAAGAAGAUGUGCGAUUUCAGCGAUGAGGAUAUGGUGAGAUUGACGAGUCAUUCUGUUGAUAUGUGCUGGGCGGAUGAGAAAGUAAAAGAUGAGAUCAGACAAGAGCUUGAUGAGGUAUUGGCCAAGCACUCGAAGUGA